UGGGUCAUAUACUUUAUGAGAAGUGGGUUUUUCUUCAAAAUUACUGUGAAAUUAGGCGACUCCAGGCCUUAGUCAGAUAAGUCAUUGCAGGACCACGAAAAUGUUUUACCAAUGUAUCGUUUUGGUUGUUCUCAUCACGGUGAUGGAAAUUGAAACACAGUGCAGCCCUGAGGGAACUUGCUCCUGCAUUGAUGUCGAAACAGCCGUGAUAAUGAGAAAUAGAUGUGAUUGCUCACGACGUUGUGCCGUCAAGACACCUGAGCUAUCGACCACACCUCCCCCAUUACAACGAAAACCACCGGAUGCCCCCAUUGACCUCAGGGUAACCGAUGUCACGUCAACAAGUGUAGAUCUGUCAUUCACGCCGGGUUUUGAUGGCAAUAGUCCAAUUCAGUGCUACACCGUUCAAUAUACUGCCUUGGGAUGCAUUGACUUUCCGACCAGCGUAUACAAGACCAGAAGAUUUGUGCUAGACCAUUCGAAUGUCAUACACCUCGACGGCCUCGAGCCAAACGUCGAAUACAUAUUCCAGGUAUUCGCCACAAAUGGUAUAGGCAGUAGUGAUUCAAGUCCUAGUUUGAGGGAGAAGACUGACGAUGUACCACCACAAAAAUCACCACACGGCAUUUCGGUUGACAAUUCACGCCGAAAGAAAUUGCUUCUCGGAUGGCAGCCACCACUUGUGGAGUCCUGUGCUGGCCAACCCCUUGGAUACAAUAUCACGUGGUGGAAAACAUGGGAAUCGGUGGAUGAGGUUGGUGAGAGGCAGUAUGCAUGGAUUGUAGGAAAGAAUAGGACUGAGUUUCUGAUAAAGAGACUGAGCUACGCUACAGAGUAUAAUAUUGCUGUAGCAGCGUGCAACGACAUGGGUUGUGGGCCAUUCAGCGUUGAUGUCAUUGCUACUACUAAGAGACGAGCGAAAAGGAAGAGAUGCGACACUGAAACAUGUGACAGUCAACAACUCACUGUAACCCAGAGGAUUUCCACUGCCGACUGUAAUCUCUCUAGUAGUGAUGACAGCGGGGCAGGAACAGAAUCGAAGACCGACACUCCACUACAGCAGCUAAAGCGACCGAAGAUCACUACUCUAAAUUCAGAAAUCGUAAUACAUCUCGGGAGUCCACUGAAGAUCAACUGUACGUUAAGUGAUGAUGAUGAAGGGGCGUCAUUAUACUGGUUACAGAAUAAUCAGACUAUGAAUGGGACAAGUCUUCGUGUACAUUUCAAAGAGUACACGAACCAUACCCAUUUAGUGUCUGAGUUGUUUAUCCCGAACAGUCUUAGAGAUGAUGCAGGAACUUAUCGGUGCAUUGCUUCGACUGCCUACGGACAGACUGACUCUAUGUUCAAUGUUAAAAUACAAGAAUGUCCUGGUGUUCCCACCGAUUUUAUGGCAACAUGGGCCACAUCAACAUCAAUAGGACUAUUUUGGAAGCAGCCUUUCGAUGGCCACAGUCCAAUCACAAAUUACACCAUUGCGCACACGGCCAAAGAGUGCAGUGUGCCCGGUAUCUGGGAGAACUUCAGGACUGAAACGAAGGUCGUUACAAUACCGAAUUCAAAUGAUUCACCAAUGAGUUAUGCUAUUGACAAUCUUCAGCCAAAUGUUAACUACGAUAUCACGAUAUUUGCAACAAAUUCGUUGGGGAAUAGUAAUGUUAGUUAUGUUAUGGAGACGACUCAAGAUGAUCGACCCAACACGCCACCACACGAUGUUCAGGUCUUUGUCGUAGGCCGUGGAGAGUUACACUUGAAAUGGCAGCCACCAUCUAGGUAUUCCUGUGUUGGAAAAUUCCUGGGAUAUACUGCUACCUGGUUUGAACUCUCAUCAUCUGGAACUGAUCAUGAAAAUUCCGCUAAGAUUGAGAGGGAUGCCACGGAUUUCACUUUGUCACAAUUGAAAGACGACACACGAUAUAAUAUUUCUCUUUCUGUCUUCAAUCACGUUGGUCAUGGACCUGCUACUUCUGUCAUUGAAACUACUUGGAGAAUAGAACGUCCUGGUGUCCCCAUGAAUUUUAUGCAAACACAGAGCACCUCCACAUCAAUAGAAGUAGCUUGGAAGCAGCCUUUCGAUGGCCACAGUCCAAUCACAUACUACACCAUCGUGUACACGUCCAAAAAGUGCAGAGUGACCGGUACCUGGAAGGAUUUCAGGUCUCAAAGGAAGUCCGUUACAAUACCGAAUUCAAAUAAUUCACUUAUGAUGUAUACUAUUGAGAAUCUUCAGUCGAAUGUUAUUUAUGAUCUCGAGAUAUUUGCAACGAAUUCUUUAGGGAAUAGUAAUGUUAAUUAUCUUGAGGGAACGACUCAAGAUGAUCGACCCAACACGCCACCACGCAAUGUUCAGGUUUCGGCCGUAGGCCGUGGACAGUUACGCUUGGAAUGGCAGCCGCCAUCUAAGGAAGCCUGUGUUGGAGAUUUCGUGGCAUAUACUGCUACCUGGUUUGAACUCUCGUCAUCUGUAACUGAUCAUGGGAAUUCCACUAAGAUUGGGAAGGAUGCCAUGGAUUUCACUUUGUCAAAAUUGAAAGACGACACACGAUAUAAUAUUUCUCUUUCAGUCUGCAACAACAUUGGUGAUGGACCUGCAACUUCUGUCAUUGGAACUACUUGGAGAAUAGAACGUCCUGGUGUCCCCAUGAAUUUUAUGCAAACACAGAGCACCUCCACAUCAAUAGAAGUAGCUUGGAAGCAGCCUUUCGAUGGCCACAGUCCAAUCACAUACUACACCAUCGUGUACACGUCCAAAAAGUGCAGAGUGACCGGUACCUGGAAGGAUUUCAGGUCUCAAAGGAAGUCCGUUACAAUACCGAAUUCAAAUAAUUCACUUAUGAUGUAUACUGUUGAGAAUCUUCAGUCGAAUGUUAUUUAUGAUCUCGAGAUAUUUGCAACGAAUUCUUUAGGGAAUAGUAAUGUUAAUUAUCUUGAGGGAACGACUCAAGAUGAUCGACCCAACACGCCACCACGCAAUGUUCAGGUUUCGGCCGUAGGCCGUGGACAGUUACGCUUGGAAUGGCAGCCGCCAUCUAAGGAAGCCUGUGUUGGAGAUUUCGUGGCAUAUACUGCUACCUGGUUUGAACUCUCGUCAUCUGUAACUGAUCAUGGGAAUUCCACUAAGAUUGGGAAGGAUGCCAUGGAUUUCACUUUGUCAAAAUUGAAAGACGACACACGAUAUAAUAUUUCUCUUUCAGUCUGCAACAACAUUGGUGAUGGACCUGCAACUUCUGUCAUUGGAACUACUUGGAGAAUAGAUCCUCCUGACGCCCCAACCGAUCUUACAAUAACGCACAUCACCGCAACAGCAGCUAAUCUGUCAUUCACGCCGCCUUUAGUUGGCCAUAUUCCGAUUGACAACUACACCAUUCAAUAUGUCACGUCCGGGUGUGACACCUCGAGGAAGACCGAAUCGAAGAGGAAAACAUUUGUUCUAAAAAAUUCAAAUUUGAUCCAUCUUGACGAGCUCAAACCAAAUGCUGAAUAUAUAUUCAGUAUAUUCGCCACGAAUUCGGUAGGUAGCAGCAGUUUCAGUCGUUCUGUAAGGAAGAAGACUAACGCUGUGGCACCGGAAUAUCCACCGAGAAAUAUUAGCGUUGAAUCUACGGUCCGUGGGGCGCUGUACAUAAGAUGGGAACCACCAUUUCCGGAAUCCUGUGCUGGCUAUCAUGACGGAUAUAAUAUUAUGCGGUCAGAACUCUCAACAUCGACCUCCCAAGUCAUUCAGACAAAGAAUAUCACGGUUGAAGGAAAGGAUACGAGGUAUUACACCGUAUCAUCAUUGAACGACGGCACGCGAUAUAACAUUUCUGUAGCGGCGCGCAAUGACAUUGGUAUCGGACCGUAUAGCCGCGGUAUUAUCGGGACUACUCAGAAUGGAGAGCGACCGAAGAUCACUACUCCAAAUUCAGAAAUCGUAAUACAUCUCGGGAGUCCACUGAAGAUCAACUGUACGUUAAAUGGUGAUGAUGAAGGGGCGACAUUAUACUGGUUACACAAUAAUCAGACUAUGAAUGGGACCAGUCUUCGUGUGCAGUCCAAAGAGUACCCGAAUCGUACCCAUUUAAUGUCUGAGUUGUCUAUCCCGAAAAGUCGUAGAGAUCAUGCAGGAACUUAUCGGUGCAUUGCUUCGAAUGCCUACGGACAGAGUCACUCUAUGUUCAAUGUUAAAAUACAAGAACGUCCUGGUGUCCCCACAAAUUUUAUGCAAACACAGAGCACCUCCACAUCAAUAGAAGUAUCUUGGAAGCAGCCGUUUGAUGGCCAUAGUCCAAUCACAAGUUACACCAUUUCGUACACGUCCAAAAAGUGCAGCGUGUCUGGUACCUGGAAGAACUUCAGGUCUCAAAAGAAGUCCGUUAUAAUACCGAAUUCAAAUGAUUCACUUAUGAUUUAUACUAUUAAGCAUCUUCAGUCCAAUGUUAUUUAUGAUCUCAAGAUAUUUGCAACGAAUUCUUUGGGGAAUAGUAAUGUUAAUCAUCUUGAGGCAACGACUCAAGAUGAUCGACCCAACACGCCACCACGCGAUGUUCAUGUUUGGGCCGUAGGCCGUGGAGCGUUGCGCUUGAAAUGGCAGCCACCAUUUAAGGAAUCCUGUAUUGGAGAUUUCGUGGCAUAUAAUGCUACCUGGUUGGAACUUCCGUACUCUGAAUCUAAUUAUAAAAAUUCCGCUAGGAUUGAAAACAAUGCCACGGAUUUCAUUUUGUCGAAAUUGAAAGACGACACACGAUAUAAUAUUUCUCUUUCAGUUUUCAACAACAUUGGUCAUGGGCCCCCUAUUUUUGUCAUCGGAAAUACUUCGAAACCAGCUCAAGUUCCUGCAACGUCAAAAGUCGAUAGUAACAAUUCAUCUCCGCCGAAUCAACCAGACAGUCAUAUUCCCUCACAUUGUGAGCCGAAAUUCACAAAACCGGACCCAAAGCCCCCGUUUACAAAACCUCUCACAAAUUUUCCUGUAGGCCGGGUCGGGGGUAGUGUUUCUGCUGACUGCAUUGUGGACCUCACUAAGAUAGACAUUUGUUCCAUUAAAGAGAUCGCAUGGUAUAGGUGGGAAAACCAUGUACGGCGACAGAUAACUGAAGGAUAUGGCAAUAGUGGCAACCGAAUCGAGUUGAGGUAUGAGGUGGUAGACAAUACUAAAUAUCGACGUAUAGUGAUUGCAAAUCUGGCACUGUCAGAUGCAGGAAUGUAUUCCUGUAUCGUAUCUACUGCGAAUAACACGUAUGCUGUGGGCAAUAUCACGCUAUAUGUGAAAGACAGACAAGAACAUCUAUAUAUAUACCUGAACAAGGCAGAUAAAGGGUUAACUUGUGGCAUACAUACUGGCAAAUCACCUGGCCGCAAAAUAGAUACCAUCCGAUGGUUCACAUAUAAUAAGUAUGGAGCGUCGGUAAACAUCACGACCAUUGCUGAUGUUCGGGUCAAACAAGUCAAUGAAUAUCAGGAACGAUUGAUCAUUAACCAGUUCUAUCAUAAUGAUGCACGGCAAUAUUGCUGUCUUAUAAUAGCCCAAGGUGAAGAUCAAGGUAUUCGUAACCAAGUUUGUGAAGAAGUAGAGGCAACUGGACCGAUACAAAACCGUCCCAACACUCGGCCUGCUUUUAUCAUAGCAGGGAACCAACCUCAACCCCGAAAGGAAGGCCAAUCAUUGGAACUAGUUUGUGGUGUCAAUCUCAAGAUGAUCAAUGUGAAGAGAAUAACCGGCAUACAAUGGUACAAGUGGAUCAAUAGCACCUCGGCAUACACACAGAUCGAGAAUACUCCAGAUUGCACAGCUGUCGAUCGUCUGGAUCUUGACCCCUAUCGUGAACACAAAAGUACGUUGAUCUUUAGGAGCCUGAACAUCCUGGAUAGUGGUCAUUACAAAUGUGACAUUAUGAUGCACGACCAUACAGAUCAUAGCGUAGGGUAUGACAUAAAAGUUGAAAAAGGGCGAAGCAGGUAUCGCCAAUGAUGUAUCUUGCGAUUUUUUCGUCAUGGCGCAUACAACCGGAAGCGAAAUCACGCGAUGCAAUUUUAAUCUCUUCCCCCCGCCCCUUCUCGCCUUUAUGUUAUGAUGGACUAUUAAGUAAUAGCACAUCAGAAAACUGACGAACUUAAUGAUAAAAAAAAUAGUUCAUCACUAGGCCGAAAAGACUUUUUUGUCACUAGGGCGUAAGAAACUUUGCUGGUAAUUGUAAGUUUGUAGUCCGAGGCAAAUCCAAGGACUUCUGGCUCACAGUAAUAUGUGGUAGUACUCCAAAUAUGUAAUUUCAUUGGAAUAAUAUAUAGACCUCUUGUUGUUAUUAUGUUCAUGAAAAAUAAAUUAAUGGAAAUUUCUUACA